AUGCACAAGACAUACUCUUUGAGAAACGCAAGGGCUCCUACCGCACAGCAGUUGCAGCAGCCACCACCACCACCUUCGAGCACGAAGUCGCGGUUCUUCGGGAAGGCGUCCCUGGCGUCGACGUUCCGUAAGAACGCCGCUGGCAAUUUCGGACCCGAGCUGUCCAGGAAGCUGUCGCAGCUCGUGAAGACCGAGAAGGGCGUGCUGCGCGCCAUGGAGGUCGUUGCCAAUGAGCGCAGGGCCGCCGCGAGACAGUUGUCCCUAUGGGGGGCCGAGAACGACGACGACGUCUCGGAUGUCACUGACAAGCUUGGUGUGCUGCUUUUCGAAUUGGGUGAGUUGCAAGACCAGUUCAUCGACAAGUACGACCAGUACCGUGUCACUAUGAAGUCCAUCAGGAACAUCGAGGCCAGUGUGCAACCUUCCAGGGAGCGCAAGGACAGAAUCACCGAUGAGAUCGCACACUUGAAGUACAAGGACCCUAUGAGCACGAAGGUGCCCGUUUUGGAGCAAGAAUUGGUCAGAGCAGAGGCUGAGUCCCUAGUCGCAGAGGCACAGUUGUCCAACAUCACCAGAGAGAAGUUGAAAGCGUCGUACAACUACCAGUUCGACUCCAUGAGAGAAAUGUCCGAGAAGUUCGCACUGAUUGCCGGUUACGGUAAGGCGCUACUGGAAUUGCUAGACGACUCGCCAGUCACCCCAGGUGAGGCUAGACCCGCUUACGACGGGUACGACGCAUCCAGACAGAUCAUCAUGGACGCAGAGGCCGCAUUGGAGGCAUGGACCCUAGACGUCGCCGUCGUCAAGCCAACUUUGUCGUUCCACCAGACCGUCGACGAUGUCUACGAGGACGUCGAAGAGGACGAGGACGAAGAUGGACAACAAAUCCACCACGAGGAAGUCGAAAUCGAAGAAGAACCAGUUGAAGAGGUCCACGAAGUUGAACACGAAGAGCAACAACCAACGGAACAGGACGGUUACUGA